GACGGCUGCGACGGCGGCGGCGGCGGCGGCGGGGACCGCAGGAGCGGUGGUGCUGUCAGUUAGGCCGUCGGAGAAAUGGGAGACCCGGGGUCGGAGAUGAUAGAGUCUGUCCCUCCAGCUGGGCCCGAGGCAUCUGAGGCAACAACGGAUGAAAAUGAGGAUGACAUUCAGUUUGUCAGUGAAGGACCAUUAAGACCUGUUCUUGAAUACAUUGAUCUGGUCAGCAGUGAUGAUGAAGAGCCUAGCACCUCUUAUAGUGAUGAUGUUAAGCAUAAAGACUAUAUUGACCAUCAGAAGGAUAAAGUUGCUUUAACUCUGGCUCGUCUAGCCCGCCAUGUUGAAGUGGAGAAACAGCAAAAGGAAGAGAAGAAUAGAGCAUUCAGGGAAAAAAUCGAUUUUCAGCAUGCUCAUGGGUUACAAGAAUUGGAAUUUAUUCGAGGACAUUCUGAUACAGAAGCAGCAAGACUGUGUGUGGACCAGUGGCUAAAAAUGCCAGGACUCAAAACAGGAACAAUUAAUUCUGGAACAAAAAGUUCAUUCCGAAGAGGAGGCCAAAUGCGGAUGUCUGGAAAACCAAUUUUAUGUCCCAUAAUGCACUGUAACAAGGAAUUUGAUAAUGGGCACCUUCUCUUAGGACAUUUGAAAAGGUUUGAUCACUCUCCAUGUGAUCCAACAAUUACAUUACAUGGACCAUUCAUCAAUUCCUUUGCUUGUGUAGUAUGUUACAAAAAUUUUGUUACUCAACAACAAUAUAAGGAUCACCUCUUUGCUAAGGAAGCUGCAGAUGAUGAACAUAAAAACAGCCUUCUUCCUCAGAUUAUUCAGUGUUUCGCGUGUCCAAAUUGCUUCCUUCUUUUUAGCAACAAGGAUGGGUGUUUGAAGCAUAUGUCUGGAAAGAAUCAUUUCCAUCAGAAUUUUAAACUGGGUGAUGACCAGGGAAUAGCACAUCCAAUAUUAUUUCCAUCUUUUGCAAAGAAACUUCUGAUCUCUCUGUGCAAAGAUGUCCCAUUUCAAGUUAAGUGUGUGGCCUGCCACCAGACUCUACGUUCCCACAUGGAGCUCACUGCCCAUUUCAGAGUUCGUUGUCGAAAUGCUGGUCCUGUAGCGGUAGCUGAGAAGAGCAUUGCCCAAGUUGCAGAAAAAUUCCUAUUACGAGGUUACUGUCCAAAUUGCAACCAAGUCUUUAUGGAUGAAACCAGUACCCGAAAUCACAAGCAGAAUUCAGGGCACAAAGUCCGAGUAAUUACCUCAAUGGAAGAAUCAGUCUUACUUUAUUGCCACAGCAGUGAAGGGAACAAACCUUCUUCUGACUUGCAUCUAUUGCUAGAUCAUUCAAAAUUUUCAUCACUUAAAAGAACUAUGUCUAUUCAGGAAUCAAGCUCACAAGAUUGUACCCCUGUUCCAAAAAAGAAGAUGAAUUUAGAAGGUAGAAGCCGUGAAGAUACGGUUUGUGUUCAGAAAGAAAAGUCAGUUGUAAAAACUUGGUUUUGUGAAUGUCAUCAACAAUUCCCAAGUGAAGAUGCAGUGGAAAAGCAUGUUUUCUCAGCAAACACAAUGUGUUAUAAGUGCGUGGUCUGUGGAAAGGUGUGUGAAGAUUCAGGGGUUAUCCGUUUACAUAUGAGCCGGAUUCAUGGAGGGGCACAUUUAAAUAACUUUCUUUUCUGGUGUCGGACAUGCAAAAAGGAGUUAACAAGAAAAGAGACUAUCAUGGCACAUGUGACUGAAUUUCAUAAUGGACACAGAUAUUUUUACGAGACUGAUGAAGUGGAAGGUGAAACUUUGCCAUCAUCUUCUGCAACAAUGGUGAGUAAUGUGACUGCUAAGAAUCCUUCUUCAACUAUUACUAUUAUUGAUCAUUCUCCAGCAAACAGUCCUCCAAGGGGUAAAUGGCAAUGCCGAAUUUGUGAAGAUAUGUUUGAUUCCCAAGAAUGUGUAAAACAGCAUUGCAUGUCUUUAGCAAGUCACCAGUUUCAUAGAUAUAGCUGUGCGCAUUGCAAAAAGACUUUUCACAAAGUAGAAACACUAUACCGCCAUUGCCAAGAUGAACAUAACAAUGAAAUAAAGAUUAAGUACUUUUGUGGGCUUUGUGAUCUUAUCUUUAAUGUGGAAGAAGCAUUUUUAAGUCAUUAUAAGGAGCACCACAGCAUAGAUUAUGUGUUUCUGCCUGAAAAAGCUGAAACUUCGAUUAAAACUGAGAAUGAUUUUCCAGUAAUAGAGACCAGUAACUUGUUAACCUGUGGUUGCCGUGAGAGUUACAUCUGUAAAGUCAACAGAAAGGAGGAUUAUAGUAGAUGUCUCCAAACCAUGUUGGAUAAAGGUAAACUGUGGUUUCGCUGCAGCUUGUGUUCAGCAACAGCACAGAGCGUAGCUGGUAUUAAUACUCAUAUCCAUCAAGUGCACAGAGAAGAAAACAGUGAGGAGGAAGAGGAGCAACAGUAUGUGAUCAAGUGUGGCACCUGCACUAAAGCAUUUCAUGAUCCUGAGAGUGCUCAGCAGCACUUCCAUAGAAAACAUUGCUUUUUACCGAAACCCAGUGUGGCUCACUUUGGAUCUGAGAAAACAAGCCUGUACAAGUUUGCUGCCAGUACCUCACGUACAGAGAGAAAACUGAAACAGACAGUAAGCUAUCCAAAAAACUCAGACAUGGAGAAAGGAGCUGAGAAUGACCUAAGCUGUCAGACUAUAGAUGAAGAAGUCGUUGAGCUUCCAGAUUUGGAUUAUCUGCGAACCAUGACACAUAUAGUCUUUGUAGACUUUGAUAACUGGUCAAACUUUUUUGGUCAUCUACCAGGGCAUCUUAACCAAGGAACAUUUAUUUGGGGUUUUCAAGGAGGAAACACCAAUUGGAAGCCUCCACACAACUGUAAGAUCUACAAUUACCUGAAUAGGAUUGGAUGCUUCUUCCUUCAUCCUCGUUGUAGUAAAAGAAAAGAUGCUGCUGAUUUUGCCAUCUGUAUGCAUGCUGGCCGUCUAGAUGAACAACUACCCAAGCAAAUCCCUUUCACCAUCCUCUCAGGAGAUCAAGGUUUUCUGGAGCUAGAGAAUCAAUUUAAGAAGACCCAGAGGCCAGCACAUAUACUAAACCCUCACCAUUUAGAGGGAGAUAUGAUGUGUGCCUUGUUAAAUAGCAUAUCUGAUACCACCAAAGAAUGUGACAGUGAUGAUAACCUGGGUCUAAAAAAUACUUCAAUAGAAGAAGAAUUGAGAUCCACAGAAGAUGUGGAAUUAGAAGAAGCUAUUAGAAGAAGUCUUGAGGAAAUGUAAUUGUAAAGUUAUUACCACACAACAUCACAUGGCCUUGAAGAAACUCAGGAUAAUCAAUUCUUGAGUUUGUUUUCUAAAGGAGACCAGAAAUCUGUUGGUACAAAUGUAUUUGGAAACAUGGUUUUUUUGCUUUUGCAUCUGAUAUUUGCUUUGUAUUUUUGUGCUAUUUGGCAAAUUGUACAGAAGAAUAGAAUACAUGUUAAUGCAGAUACAAAUCAUGUAUUCUAAUAUAGUUAUCGCAGUUUUCCAGUUAACUUUGAAUUUAUAUAUUUAGGUUAAAAGAACUAAAAAAUAGAGAGGCUCUUGACUAUUGUUUAUAUGUUUCCCAAAUAGCAUUAGUUGUUUAAUUUUCUUUGUACUGUACAGAUGAUUCUAGUUUAUUUUUUUAGGAGUGAAAAUGAAUAUAAAUAAAGCUGUCAUAGCUCAGUUUUUCUGUAAAUUCUAUUUCUUAUGUGGCACUAAUAUAGAAUACCUUUGAGAUCUUUGUUUAUGAUUAUUAGAAGAGAUUAAUGGAAACUGAUCAUGGAAACAGAUUAAAAACUUUUACUGGGCAAUGUUCUUUGUGGGUUUCACUCAGCUGUAUUAUCCUGCUGUAACUGGAGCACCACAUUGCUGUAAUUAAAAACAAAACAAAAAACCCUAAUUUCUUUGAAAUUAUUGAAACCUUUUCCAUUCCUUUUACCUGCUUAGACUUUCAUGUAACUUGUAUUACCUAUAGUUUAAAGGGAAUGAUGUCAAAAUGUUUGCAUAGAAUUAAAUGUAUUUUUAAUAACAACA